AUGCGGCGGUACCGUCGAAUUUGCACUUCCAGGAGGCCUUCAGGUGUUCAUCAUAAAUACCUGCCAGAUCAGAAAAAGUGUGGUGAGGCCACUGGUACUGUACUUAUGGGCUACAAAAGGUUGUGGCUUAGAAAAUGGAGGCCACCAUCAAGAGGUACGAUAAAACUAAACACUGAUGCUGCAUUUUCACAAAAUUUGGAGAGAACAGGCAUAGGUGUUGUGGCCAGAAAUGCUGAAGGAGAGCUGAUGAAAGUUUGGGCAAGAGCUGAACUAAAACGUAGUGAGCCACAGGUGGAGGAAGCAGCAGCAAUUAGGAUGGGAAUGCAAAUGGCCUGGAAAGCAAACUGGAGGGCAGUUGAGCUCCAAUCAGACUGCAAAGAGGUGGUGGACAUGAUAAACAAGAAACAAAAGCAGCAAAACAACAUCGUGGUCAUCCUUGAGGAUAUAGCAAAUAUGAGAUGUUUGUUUGAACUUUCUCUUUUAUGCAUAGAGAUGGGAAUAGAUGUGCACAUAGUGUAG